CGGGCAUUUUACACGCAGUUUCCGCUUGGGAAAACAAAAGUUGUUCACGAUACGCAGAAAAGAAUAAAAUUUGUACUUAAAUAUAAAAUAUGGGCCGAAAAAAGAAGAAGCAGCUUAAACCUUGGUGCUGGUACUGUAACAGAGAAUUUGAUGACGAGAAGAUCCUCAUCCAGCACCAAAAGGCAAAACACUUCAAAUGUCAUAUAUGUCACAAAAAAUUGUACACAGGGCCAGGAUUGUCAAUCCAUUGUAUGCAGGUACAUAAGGAAAAGAUGGACAAAGUUCCAAACUCGGUACCAGGAAGGAACAACAUAGAGAUAGAAAUCUAUGGCAUGGAGGGAAUCCCAGAUCAAGAUUUGCGAGAUCAUGAACGAGAGAAAAAUAAAAAAGCUAAUGCAGCCAAAAACCCUGGAGACAGUGACGACGAUUCACAGCCUGGGACUAGCACUACCACAUCCACACCAUCAGCUCCCCCUUUACCCGGUGGUAUGGGGCCUAACAUGGGCUUUAUGGGCAUGCCCCCUAUGCCUCCUCCGAUGGGUAUGGGGCCAAUGGGAAUGCGGCCUGGCAUGGGACCUAUGGGACCAAUGGGACCAAUGAUGGGUCCAGGAGGUAUGCCAAUGCCACCUCGUCCCUUUAUGGGUCCAGGAGCGCCCCCGAUGCCCCCGAUGUCUACCCCACCGAUGUCUGCACCACCAUCCAAACCUCUUUUCCCAGCUGCUGCUGCUUCAAGCAGUGGAAGCUCAGCCCCGCCCACAUCAACGUCGAUGGCGGGCCCUGUUAAGCCGACGUUCCCAGCAGCAGCAGCCAUGUCACCAGAUUCCUCGUCUCCCGGGGCAAUCAUCACGGGCGCCCCACAGAUCAAGAAACCAGAGUCAAGUUCAGGUUUGAGUUCCAGGUUGAUGCAUCCAGAUGAGGACAUAUCAUUGGAAGAAAAGCGAGCUACAUUACCAAAGUAUUCCCAUUUUAUGAAUAAGGGUAUGGGAACAUCCAAACCCAGCAUGAUGCCACCAGCUAGUAUGAGUAUGGGUAUGCCUCCUAACUCCAUGCCUAUGGGUAUGGGACCUGGUCCAGGCCCAGGAAUGAGGCCUCCUAUGCCUCCACAAGGUAUGAUGGGGAUGCCGCCGAAUCAGGGAAUGCCACCAAACCAGGGAAUGUUCAACAUGGGUUUCCCAGGCAACCGGCCUAUGUACGGGCCAGGGGGUGGGCGAUACUGAGGGGGUGGAUCUCACAGACAGAUGGGCGAACUUUUGAAAACAUGGAGCUUCAACGUUAGCCCUUUCACUUUCAGAACCAACAGAUAAGUGCAAUACUGGUAGUGCACUCCACUUGAAUCGUAGGGGUUUUACUUGCAUGUGGUUGCAGUAAUUUAGUAUUCCAUUUCUGGAGUGGCGGUUAUCAUGGCUGCAUUGUACCAGUUACUUUUAUUUCUUUGAAUAGUGAAAUAAUCUGUACACACAUGAUUGUCAGAAACAUGUACAAGAAAAAUUGUGGUAAGUGGAAUUAAUUGUAAAUGUACAUUAUUUUAAAACACUGCUGUAAAUAGCAAAACCAUUUUAUUUUCGAAGCAUGUGAAUAUUUUGCUGUGUGUAAAAAUCUCGUGUACAUUUCACUGUCAGUAAAUAACAAGGUAUGUAAACUUAAGUGUGAAAUAUAUUGUUGGAUUAUUAUAUAAAUUCAGUUCAUAUUGUGUAGCCGCUGAGUUUCUGAAGAGGAUCUCAAACGAGGUCAGUUUCUCUGCUUAGCUCCUGUCAAUUUCAUUGGGUAAAUGGACAAAAAACCUGUAUUAAAACACUCGUUUGAUACUUCAGAUGCUAUUGUGUUAUAGUUUAAAUUUGGAAGCUGAAUUCCAGUUUUUUUCUUUCAAUUUAUUUAAUAUUCAAAUUCUUAUCAGCAUAUGUAUUGACUUAACAUGGGCAGGAUCUAUGAUGAAAGAUAAAUUGCAGGCAAGUCUAGAUUUAAAACAAAAUGUUAAGGGGUAAUGGCGACUUCCUGCUGCAAGCUAAAGGCAAGUGGUCACAGUGGCCGCUAAAGCUGCUGUUGGGCUCAUUUUAAGCCCCCAACUUAGGUUGGCGACACUUUUCGUAUGUUUAGUAGAUGUUUGAGGGAAGAUUUGAGACAUUGGAAGAUAGCCAAGUUAAAUAAGGCAAGUUGUGUCACAGCAUUUCAUCUGCUUGUAAAACGUUUACCAUUGGUACAUUUCCAGUCUUAUAGAUUUGUUUCCAUGAAUUCAUGAAGACACCAUAGUGCUUGGUACUCUAGAUCAAGAAAAUGUGGUUUAAUGACAAAUACUGGUCGCUAGUUGUAUAUUUUGUAAAGAAAUAUUAGCACAUGGUAGCAAUUUUCAAACAGUUUACUGUUAAAAACCCAUCACUAAACAACUGUGAAAAUUUGCAGUAAUUGCUUUGACAACUGGUCAGUUUUUGUUUGAUACAAAAAUAAAUUAUGAUAAAUGAUGUCAAUAAAACCAGUCAUCGAAAUUAAACUAAUUAAUUUCGACCCCUGUAUAACAAAUACCCAAAGACCUAACUGUACUGAUGGUGAAUGUUAUCUGGAUGGUGCUGUUGGGCCCUUGCCCCCAACAGUUUUCGCUGUUGGUGACUGAUUUAUUUACAUUUUGUUGUAUACGAUUAUGGUUACAUGUUUAUCGAAAAGAUGCAGAUGUACUCUUCCGAAAGCAGGCAAGUCGUCACAGCAUUUGCUGUUGGGCUUCUGCCCCCAACUUUUGUUGGCGACUUUCUUUUCAUCUCCAGUUUUAUUGUAAAUUUUUGGAUUUUUAGUUGUACACCAUUCAGUAAUGAACUUAAUAUUAAGAUUAGGCUACAAUGGAUUCUGAUUUUUGUGGUGUUUGUUUGCUUUGAACGUUUUCAGACAUAGAACACAGUCAUACUGGUAGGUGGAAAUGCAUGGAAUUGAACAUGUGUUUUAAGUUUAAGUUCAAAUUAAUUAUUCUUGAUUACUGUAUAGGGCAUUUUAAUUGGCUGGGUGUGUUUAACUGUUGUAUAAUUGCCUUUUUAAAAAUCUGCGAUAUCAAGUAGCAAACAUGAUUUUUUUGUCUGAAGAAAAUAUUCAUCAUCUUAUGGCUUCCUAAUAUUUGAAACUUAAAACCACAUAUCAUAUUUAAUAAAGAUAUAUUGUAACUUGUUAGCAAUCUGCUACCUCUGCAUGGCAAAUAUUAUACAUCUAGUGUUCAAGAUUGACCUAGCGGAGAGUGUGGUUUUCCUGAAUGUGUGAUUCUGCAAGUUAUCAGAUAAACAAGUGGAUCAGAUGAAAUUUUGCAUUUAUGGUACAAAUUAACAGCAAAUUAUUUUAUUUUUAACAUUUUACCGAAAUAUUGGAAUGAAAAACCUGUGAUUGACACAUUUUUUCGACUCAUUUUUUGAAUAGGAAAAAAGCGAAAUAUGUAAAGCCCUAUACAGUAGUUUUUAACAUGUUCAACGCAAUCUAAGAUUUUAUCACAAAUUUCUGAAUAGAUUUGAACAUGAUAUCUAUGGUCACCUUGUGUGAUUUUUCAGGACUCAAGAUAAAAGCAAAGCUUGAUCAGAUCUGGAUUUGGAUUCCGGUCAAGGUAUUUACAUUGUUGAAUGAAGCAAAUAUGUCACAACAUCUAGUGGGUCAAAAUGUGCUUGGCUAAACAUGUAUGUACAUGUUAUGAUUUUAACCAUAGGUGGUAGUAACGGUCAGGGAUGGCUAAAGGUUGAAAAUGAGAUGGGUUUUUUAUAUGAUUUCUUACAUAAUACAGAGGUACCCAAGAAUGAACUCACUCCUUGCCCAAACAGGGCAAUUUGUUGGUGGAUUGCCUUGAAUCUUAUAGCUCCAGAGAUUAAAAAAACAAACAAUAUUUUAUUCUUCUCAAAACUGAUUGAAAAAGGUUAGCUGGUUGCUUUCCGUUGCUACUUCAUUUGUUGUUAGUAUUGAUACUCCAUUUUGCUUCAAAUUAGAAGUCAGGAGAAACCCUCAAAAGGGCUUCUUAAAAGCUAGUUUUGCUGCUGCAGCAGGUUGCUUGACCCCCUUUGACCCUCAUUGAGAAACUAAAGGUGCCGCCCAAAGACAUCCCCAAAAUGGUUUUAGCCUGUCAGCUGCCUGAUCAAUUUCACUGCUUAAGAACUGGAACUUUUGAAGCAUUGUAUCAAAUAAUUCCACCAUCUUUUUCUUAUACUGCCCCCUAUGGUUAUGAGCACAUUCGGAUCUACUAGUGUUGUUGGGUUUCUAUGCCCCUAGCUUGUGCUAGUGACAACAUUUUAGAAUAGCAAGAGAUGAUCUUACUUAGUAAAUGUUAUUAAAACCAUAUGGUCUGUGUCUGCUGUGAAUGCUAUAUUUUCAGAGCUUUUCAAGAACCAGAAUUACAAUUGACCGAAACUGAAAACCCUCCCGCAAUUAUGAAAUUUAAAUCGUAGAAAAAAACAGGCAAUUUCAAAUGAACAUUGAAGCGCAUCUAUUGGACAGUUUAAAUGAUAAGUAAAAGAACAUUAUAAAUGGUUUAACAGGGACAAGAAAUACAAUUCCCUGAAGUGUGCUAAGUUCAUAUGUAUCAGAGAUGAUAUUUAUCACAAAGAAGUGUUGCCAUAGUUGUACUAAACUUCAAUUUUAUUUGAAAGAUUAGUUGUACAGUCUAAACCUGUUGUCUCGAUAUCACUUGGCUCGAUUCUUGUUGGCUUGAACUGGAUGUGAAGGACCGAUUUUGUUUUACACUUCAUAAGCAUUCCUGCUUGGCUCGAUAUUUGCGAGGCCUGGAAGCAGUUUGAGCAGUCCCUCGGAUAUCGAGAAAAUGGGUUUUGACUGUAAGUUGACUGACAUUGUUUUUCAUUUACAUGGUGUCCAUAUGCUUUAUUUUAAAUCAUGAUGUACAGUAUACAUGUUAACUUUGUAAUGUUUAACAUUCAUUUUCAAACGUUUUAUCAUCUGUUACAUACAUGUAUUACUUGUAUUUUGUGUGUUUUAAAAACAAAAAAAAUAAUUGUAUCCGUUUGUACCAGUCAUUAGAAUGAAUGUUGAAAAUAAAUGAUUUUAAUGUG